CUUCGUUAAGAACAUAUAUGGAGUUUAUUGGCAAAGAAAAACAAUAAUGAUACAUCAUAUAAGUGGGAAAAGUUGGCCAGUUUCGUUGAGAAGUGUAAGUGGUGAAUGCGUUAUAACUGACGGAUGGAGUAAUGUGGUAAGGGACCUUCAGUUGCCAAAUAACACGUUAUUGCGCUUAAGGGUAAUGGAAGACCAAAACAUGCAAAUCGAUUGUUUCAUCCAAAACAUAUGUGGUGAAUCUUUUGUGACAGUAAACCGUUACGGAAGUUUAAAUAUUAUAGUGAUUCCGGAUGAUUAUGUAAGAACAUGUUACACUUACUCGCCAGUGAACGAUUAUUAUAACAUAUAUGCAGAAGGCAAGAUUUGGAAAGUUGAGACCGAAAGAAUCAACGAUAAUUAUGUUCUUACAAAAGGUUGUCCAAAGCUAUUUCAUGAUCUUGGAAUCGAAGACGAUGAUAUACUCUUGUUGAUGAAGAUGGACAGCGUCACAUUUGAAUUGAAAAUUUAUCGGAAAGGAGUUGAAAUAGCGAGUAACAACAAAGAAGAAAGCGAAGAAGACUCUUUGCUGGAAAUACCUAGGGACUCAUAUUACAAAAGCGUUGACUUCAACUUCAGUCAAGAUAAUGAUUCAAACGAUCAAGAAAUAGCAGAGAUGGAUGAAGAUGAAAAAGAAAUUUCAAAAGAAGGACCGAACAGUAUGAAGAAAAAAGAGGCAAAAGAAACAAAAAAAGAAGAUGUACUUAUUUUAAACAUAAUAAUAGAUAAGUCUUUUCAUUCAUAUGUGUACAUAUAUUUAUUUAAUUAUUGUUGGCUAUUAUUAAUUGAAGUUGUUCAUUGUCUCAAAAGCUUAAAAAAAAAAGAAAACAGAUUGCCGAGUAUUGUAACCAGCCCGACAAAAAAAAGCCGAUGGAGGGAACAGAAGUGGAAAUGCCAGACGUAUCAACAGUUGAACGAAAAACUCGUAGCCGAUUGACGUUGGCUGUGGAACAAAAACGUGUUGCAAGGAUAAAAGACGUUGAGAAAACUGUUUCUUAUGAGUUCACAAUGAAGGGAGAAAAUCGAAUGAGAAUGCCUGCAAAUGUUGUAAGAAUUGCAGGAUUAAAAAAUAAAGUCUAUGAGAUAAAAGUGACAAACAUGAAUGGAGAAACAAUAGACAUGAAUCUUAGGAGGCAAAAGAAUGGAAAUGGUGUAAGGUAUGCUAUCGAAGGAUGGCCGAUGUUCAUGCAGGAGAAUGGCAUUCGAUUCGGUGACAAAUUGCAUUUCAGAUUUUUAUGUGAAGGAAAGGUACUGAUAUUAACCAAAGUGGAUGCCGUUAAUGAAGGUUAACAGUUAAAAAGUAACCAUAAUGCUCUAAGUGUUUGGACAGAUGAAAUUAUGACUCUGUUUUGUUAAAAUUUCAUGUUUGGAUCUUUUUUUUUUUUGGGACGUGAAA